AUGAUGGCAUCGAAUCAUGACGAAGCUGACAGUACACAUGCAGCGAGUAAAGAUGAUAUUAGAGUUUCAGCGCAACUUUUGUUGCCUGAAAUUGAAAACUUGGAAAAAUUACAAGAAUCUGUUGGAAUGAUGGUAUUAGAUGUCGUCGAGAAGCGAUUGACGUAUCCUUCAAUGAUUGCUUCAUAUGUUGCUCAAGAAAAUCAGUGCAGUUUGGACAGGCUAGAAAAUGCCGAAAUUUCGUGGGAAUCAAAGAUUACUCUAGACAAAGAUAUUGAUAAUAUGUUUGAAAUGAUUGAAGAGAUCAGAGCAAAAAAGACUGAAAACAGUGCUCUCUUCCUCGAAAUUGAAGAGGUAAAAAAACAAAUCAACGAACUUCGAAAAACAGCGAAUACGAAUAAUGAUUUUAUACACAGUGUUUUAUGA